AAAUCAAGAGGAAUGAAUCGCACCUUUAUCAUAGUCUUGACAGCUUUAUUUGCAUGUUUAAUGGAGAUCAGCAACUUAAGGGUUGUGGAUGCCAAAGAGCAUGAGUCCAGGUCAUCAACAAACUUGUCUCCCUCGGACUUCCUGGACUCUCUCAUGGGUCGAACAUCUGGUUAUGAUGCACGAAUAAGACCGAACUUCAAAGGUCCACCAGUUAAUGUUACCUGCAACAUAUUUAUCAACAGCUUUGGUUCAAUAGCAGAAACUACAAUGGAUUACAGAGUGAAUAUCUUCUUGCGUCAGAAGUGGAAUGAUCCUCGACUGGCGUAUAGCAAAUACCCUGAUUCGUCUCUGGACCUGGAUCCCUCCAUGUUGGAUUCAAUCUGGAAACCUGAUCUCUUCUUUGCCAAUGAGAAAGGGGCCAACUUCCAUGAUGUCACCACAGACAACAAGCUUCUGAGGAUCUUCAAAGACGGCACUGUUCUCUACAGUAUCAGGUUGACUCUCAUUCUGUCAUGUCCAAUGGAUCUGAAAAACUUCCCCAUGGAUGUCCAGACUUGUACAAUGCAGUUGGAGAGCUUCGGGUACACCAUGAACGAUUUGAUCUUUGAGUGGCUGGGAGAUGGCCCUGUGCAGGUGGCGGAUGGACUCACCCUGCCUCAGUUCAUCAUGAGGGAUGAGAAGGAGCUGGGCUACUGUACCAAGCACUAUAACACAGGUAAGUUCACCUGCAUCGAGGUCAAGUUCCACCUGGAGCGUCAGAUGGGCUACUACCUGAUCCAGAUGUACAUCCCUUCCCUCCUCAUCGUCAUCCUCUCCUGGGUCUCCUUCUGGAUCAACAUGGACGCCGCGCCGGCCAGAGUGGCACUGGGCAUCACCACGGUGCUCACCAUGACAACGCAGAGCUCUGGUUCCCGGGCCUCCCUACCAAAGGUAUCUUACGUGAAGGCUAUUGAUAUAUGGAUGGCAGUUUGUCUUCUGUUUGUCUUUGCUGCACUACUGGAAUAUGCUGGAGUUAACUUUGUCUCUAGGCAACAGAAGGAAUUCCUUCGCUUGAGGCGAAGACAGAGGCGGAAUCACAAGGAUGAUGACAUGAGAGAUGGACGUUUCAACUUCUCUGGCUAUGGCGUGACUCAGUGUCUGCAGAUGAAGGAUGGGAAUUCUGUGAAAAAUACCGUCCCGGUCCCUGCCCCGCCACCACCUGUACAAAAAGACAUUGACAUGAUGAAGAAAAAGUUUGUGGACAGGGCCAAAAGGAUUGACACAAUCUCCAGAGCAGCCUUUCCAUUGGCCUUCCUUAUCUUUAACAUCUUCUACUGGAUCACGUACAAGAUCAUCAGGCAUGAGGACAUCCACAAAGAGUAGUUGAUCUGUCCUGUAGGUUCAACACAUCUCUCUUCCUUGUUUCUCUGGGUGAACAAUUCUUGGACGCCACAGAGAAGAGUUAGUUAGGAGACUGUACACUGAGAAAAUGCACAGUGAUGUUGUGGGUGAUGUUCUUUCAGGGAUAAAAGUAGAUGUUUGUACAAAACCCUAGACAAAGGCAUGUAUUGAUUUACGAGUGGAAGAAUUGGUGAAACAGAAAAUAAUGUGUUUGUUCUAUUCCUGCAUAUUGUUUCCUGGAGAAUUUUCAAUGGUUUUUACUCAAAGCACAGUAUAGUAAUGGAUAAGUGGACCAAAUAUGACCAAACAAAACAACACUGCCUUUGCAUUGGUUCCAUCUUGCAGUGGAGCAACAUUUCAUGGAUUUGCAUAUUUAUGGUAGUCAGGAUUUCAGGUAAAGUUAGACCUCUGAGUGUUGGAAGGAAAAUAUGUUUCGUAUUGAGAAUGUUCAGAGCUGUUUUAUACAAUUGUACUGCAGUUCGUCACCAUUUGUAUAAACGGAAAAAUACAGCUCUUUUGUUCAUUAUUUAGGGAGCACAAUGCGUGCACACACACAUAUUUAGAAAGCACCAGACACACAUGUUUUUCAUGUGUGUGAGGCUGUGAAAUGAUAACAUUCUGAAUUGGCAGUUGGAUACUGCAAUUCUACGAACAACCCAUGGCCUUUGAUAUCAUGGAUUUGAUGAGAUGAAACGAUGCUUCCCUAUUUUUCACAAACGCAGCAUUUCUUGCUGCUCAGCUGUCUGUCAGAAGCAUUGCUUAUCUGAAGCUCUUCUAUCUAGGGCUGGAUAGAUGUCUGUUCUCGUUCAGUUUCGGUCUAUGUAUAGUAAGUCAUAUUGUUGCAUUAUUGAUGUCACCCGAAUGUUUAUUUUUAAUUGUUGAUUCAGUGAAUAUUUGGCAGUUUCAAAUUCCAUCUGUUCAAUUGGUAAUUUUUUCAGUCUCACGUUAACAUAGGUGAUGUAUUGUAACCCGGCUUAUGUUCCAUUAGGUAGGUCCAUUCUAAAAAUGAACAAUCAUGAAAGACUAUUAUUACGAAUGGCAAAUUACUGACACAUAACUACAUUUUUCGAAAUUGCCAUAUACCAAUGAAUAUGUAUCACAGGUCAAUAUUGCAGGUAUUCUAGGUAUGGUUUUAGAGAUGAAGUGUAUGUCUUUUGUAGAUUUAUUGUAAAGAGCUGUUUAUUGUCAUGAGGGCAAUUGUUUAUAAAAAUUAUGUAUAUUUAAAAUUCCUAUAAGGACUGUUGAAUGCAUCCCCCUCACUUCUCUGCCACAGUUUUGACCUGCCCUCAUUGGGUUGCCACACUUGGCAUUAUAUACAGUCAUGCAACUAGUAAAGAGAU